AUGGUUGCACCUACUGCUUUAAAGAAGGAUAACAUAGUGAGUGUUAACGGGGAAGACAGCAGCAAAAGCAGAAUUAUAGGAAUAAAUAAUACUGAAAGCAUUGAAGAAGACGAUGACGAUGACGUUCUAUUGGAGGAUGUCAGCGAUAACACAACAAAAGAUGAGGGAAAUGGCGAAGAUGAAAGUGAGAAAGUGAGGGAAUCCAAAACCGUAGUGGUUGAUGACCAGGGGAAGCCUCGUUUCACUUCAGCUACCAAAACACAAGGUAACAAGAUAAAAUUUGAAUCGAGAAAAAUUAUGGUCCCACCACACAGACUGACUCCAUUAAGAAAUAACUGGACCAAGAUUUAUCCUCCAUUGGUAGAACACUUGAAGCUGCAAGUCAGAAUGAACUUGAAAACCAAAUCGGUGGAACUGAGAACAAACCCAAAAUUUACCACAGACCCCGGUGCCUUGCAAAAAGGUGCCGAUUUCAUCAAGGCCUUUGCUUUAGGGUUUGAUCUCGAUGAUUCCAUUGCGCUACUAAGACUGGAUGACUUAUAUAUCGAGACUUUUGAAGUCAAAGAUGUCAAGACACUAACAGGAGACCAUCUGUCGAGGGCCAUUGGUCGUAUUGCUGGUAAAGACGGUAAGACGAAGUUCGCUAUUGAGAAUGCCACAAGAACAAGAAUUGUCUUGGCCGACUCCAAAAUCCACAUCUUGGGCGGGUUCACCCAUAUAAGAAUGGCAAGAGAAUUUGUAGUCAGUUUAAUUUUAGGUUCCCCACCAGGCAAAGUUUACGGGAACUUGCGUACCGUUGCAUCUAGAUUAAAAGAACGUUACUGA